GCGCUCCCCGCCGCGACUCUGGUGCCCAGGGUGUCCGCCGCGGCCGCCGCAGCGCAGCCUCCCGCCAGUGAAGACUAAGCUGGGAGGAUGCAUGGUGGACCAGAGGUGCCAGCCGACAGGCGACCUUGAGAGUAAGACUUGUGAGCCAGGCCAGCCCUGCCUGGGGAUCUUCAGGAAUGUGUGUGCCUUGAUGGAAGGGAGGGAGUGUUGUGUGGUCCAGGCCUCAAUGAGGAGCCCGAACAUGGAGCCAUUCAAGCAGCUGAAGGUGGAGGACUUUUAUGACAUAGGAGAAGAGCUGGGGAGUGGCCAGUUUGCCAUCGUGAAGAAGUGCAGGGAGAAGAGCACAGGGCUGGAGUAUGCAGCCAAGUUCAUCAAGAAGCGGCAGAGUCGGGCCAGCCGGCGCGGCGUGAGCCGGGAGGAGAUCGAGCGGGAGGUGAGCAUCCUGCGGCAGGUGCUGCACCCCAACAUCAUCACGCUGCAUGACGUCUACGAGGACCGCACCGACGUGGUGCUCAUCCUUGAGCUUGUGUCUGGAGGAGAGCUCUUCGAUUUCCUGGCCCAGAAGGAGUCACUGAGUGAGGAGGAGGCCACUAGCUUCAUUAAGCAGAUCCUGGAUGGGGUGAACUACCUUCACACAAAGAAAAUCGCUCACUUUGAUCUCAAGCCAGAAAACAUUAUGUUGUUAGACAAGAAUAUUCCCAUUCCACACAUCAAGCUGAUUGACUUUGGCCUGGCUCAUGAAAUAGAAGAUGGAGUUGAAUUUAAGAACAUUUUUGGGACGCCAGAAUUUGUUGCUCCAGAAAUCGUGAACUAUGAGCCCUUGGGUCUGGAGGCCGACAUGUGGAGCAUAGGCGUCAUCACCUACAUCCUCCUGAGUGGAGCAUCCCCUUUCCUCGGAGACACAAAGCAGGAAACACUGGCGAACAUCACAGCAGUCAGUUACGACUUUGAUGAGGAAUUCUUCAGCCAGACUAGCGAGCUGGCCAAGGACUUCAUUAGGAAGCUUCUGGUUAAAGAGACCCGGAAACGGCUCACAAUCCAAGAGGCCCUCAGGCACCCCUGGAUCACGCCAGUGGACAACCAGCAAGCCAUGGUGCGCAGGGAGUCCGUGGUCAAUCUGGAGAACUUCAAGAAGCAAUAUGUCCGCAGGCGGUGGAAGCUGUCCUUCAGCAUCGUCUCCUUGUGCAACCACCUCACCCGCUCGCUGAUGAAGAAGGUGCACCUGAGGCCAGAUGAGGACUUGAGGAAUUGCGAGAGUGACACUGAGGAGGACAUUGCCAAGAGGAAAGCUCUCCACCCCCGGAGGAGGAGCAGCACCUCCUAACUGGCCUGGCUUGCCGCAGCUGCCAGGGAGGUCCAUGCCCAGCAGGGCUCCUUCUGUGCACACUCUGGGACCCAGCUCAUCACCAGCACCCAAUGUGAUCUGCAUCCCUGAACACUUUGCAUGAGAGAUGGGCCUGCAGAAUUCUGGGGGACUUGCAAGGGGGCCAGGAGGCCCUGGGGACUGUGGCUGUCUGCUGUGCAGGAGGCGCCAGCAUCCCCAAAGUUCUUAAUUCUCUGCAGAACAGGCUUUCAUCCAGCUGCUGACCUCAGAACCUAGGAUGGGGAUGGUACUUAGGGAAACAAUGUAAAGGAGCAUCAUCAUCAUGGGCUGAAGGGCCGGCUCAGCAGCUUUCCUCACAGUGAGGGAGUUCAGAACCAGCUUGGUCACAAAUUACAUCAGGAAGACAGAUGCCUUCCCCAUGGGAACAGGGCAUGUGAGUAAAGUGAAUCUUGGGUGUGAGGGACCAGUCAUGUGACCUCCCAGAACCCACAGGAGUCAGGACAUCAAGCUGACCAACAAGUCCCACCAUUGCCAGCCCACUGUGUUGUAAUUUUUUUUAUUUUUAUUAAACUUUCAGUUUUCUUGAUGCUUGGCUUUUUUUAGGGCUAUCGCCUUCUAAUUUCCUUUAGCCCGGCGCCUCUGACUCUGUGGGAACUUCCAGAUUGAGGUGCCGAGAAGGGCCUAUUGAACCGUCCCCUCCAGCCUGCAGGAGACCUGCCUGCCUUCUACGCGCUUCCCCGGGAGGAAGGUGUCUAGCACAAGAAAAUCUGCCCAGGGACUCGAGUAGAAUGCCCGUGUUCCCUUUCCCACCACCGCCAUCAAUCCAGUGUUAGGGGCUGAGCUGUGUCUCCCCCAAGUUCAUAUGUUGAAGGCCUAAUCCUUAGUAAUAUCAUGUGUUAGGACAUAAGUAAGGUCUUUAGAGAGGUAAUUAAAAUGAACUCACUGGGGUGGGCCCUAACCCAAUAUGACCGGUGCCUUAUAUGAAGGAGAGAUUAUGACACAGAGGAAAGACUAUGGGAAGACACAGGGGAAUGUGGCCAUCUACAAGCUAAGGAGAGAGGCCUGAGGAAAAACCAAUCCUGCUGACACCUCGACUUCUGGCCUCCAGAAUUGUAAGAAAAUAAAUUUCGG